CAGGCAUCCCCAGGUGCGCCCAUAGUGUCAGUGCAGAGCACCUGGGCGUGUGGCGGAUCAGGGGGCCCCCAUGUGGCUGCCGUACCCCUGCCAGAAGGAGCCAGGUGCUGGGAGCACAAGGAUGCAAACUUUCUUGCCUGCAGAUGAUGGGAUGCAUGAGUGGAUCAAGGGAUGAAUGGAGUGGCCCGCUCUACCUGGAUUCCCACUCGGAUAUUGCCUCUGAAGCGGAAAAAGCGCUCCAGGAAGAAGUGGUUUGGGAAGGAAAGGGUCUCCUUUACUCAGGGGUUAAGGACUCUUCUUUCUCGCUCUCCCUCCCUCGGCGGUUAAGAAAUCCCUUCUCGUCGGAUGACUGGCUCUCUCCACAACUCAGCCCUGGCACAGAUCCAGAGGGAAGACCAGCAACCUUUAUUUCUCUCAUGGCCUAAGCGGGGGCCAUCGCCCUGGAGCGCCCGCCACCCAAGUGUGCCAUUUUGAGGUGGCCUCCUAAGCCGGGACCCUAAGCCCCACCCGUCCACCCCUUUGCCCCCCGACCCGCUCUAAUUCGCCCUCCUUUCUCUCCCUUCACUUGCCCCGCUCCCUACCUCGGCCGCCUUGCCUUGGGCCAUGAUGCUCAAUUCGGACCAGACCGAGCUGGACCUCCAGCCGACGCACUCCGAGACGGAGUCGGUCUUCAGCGACUGCGGAGGCCGAGGCCUCGCGGGGGAAGAAGCCGGUGGCGGCGGCGGGCUGGGCUUGUGCAGCCAGUCCCGGGUAGCUGAGCCUGGCGACCCUCUGAAGAAAGACCUGCAGCACCUGAGCCGCGAGGAACGGCGGCGGCGGCGGCGCGCCACUGCCAAGUACCGGACGGCGCACGCCACGCGAGAGCGCAUCCGCGUGGAGGCCUUCAACAUGGCCUUCGCCGAGCUCCGCAAGCUGCUGCCCACGCUGCCCCCGGACAAGAAGCUCUCCAAGAUCGAGAUCCUGCGGCUCGCCAUCUGCUACAUCUCCUACCUGAACCACGUGCUGGACGUCUGAGAAGGGCCUGGCCUGGCCGAGGAGCCCACACUCCUCCUCCUCUCCAACCUGCCUCUGCUUUCCUGCUUCACCUCCUCAGGGGAAAAUAUAUGUAUAGCUCGAUCUCGAUCCACUGUAGAUAUAGAUAGGGGGGCAGCUGGUGGAGCCAGCCAGAUGAACCUGCUCCCCCAGCUCUCUGCCUGGAGGAAUGGCCUACAGAUGCUAAAAUUCUCCAUCCUUAAAUUCUCCAAGAAUCCCACACCGGGGUGGCCGACAUGGUGGUUAAACUGCCCUCCACCUGCGGGCAAGGAAAUGUGGGGUGCCUCAAUACUUUGUGCCUGGAACAUCUCCUUGCCCAGGUCUAAACCACCCUGGGGUAUUGUUUGUUUACACACUCACUCUCACUCACUCUCUCUCUACUCUUCUCUUUACACACAAGUGGGCCCACUAGAAAAAUGUUAUUACCAUCAUCAUUAUUUACAUUUCCAUCACCCUAAGGUCCCAGGAAAGGUCACAACAUUAAAACACGUUUUAAAACAAUCAUAGUCACAGAUAAAUAUAAAAACCAUAGUAGCGUCAUUAGGCCAAUCAAGCAAAAUGUUACAAAA